AUGGCGAAUGCCGAUCCACCCGCCAUCUCGACGCCAUCCCGGCCUCGCUAUUCUCUCGCUCCAAAGCGCAGCGGUACCUUCUCCACUGCAGCCAACGCGAUGCCCAACGUAGCUGGCUUCAGUCCUGGAGGCCAAGUCUUCGAAGGCUACUCCUACCUAUCUCGCUCUACAUCCAUGUCCACCUCGACCAGGUCGCGUCCCAAGGGCUUGCAAAGCAGAUCAUCUGAUCUUUCCUCGCCGCCUCCCCAAGUCGCGUCUCACAAACUUGUCACAUCCCCUUCUUCGCCCCGCGUCCCGCUCCCAGUCAUCUCGCCUCUCACCAGUCCCUCUGCCAACAACUUCGACCUUCCACUGCGCAGCAAAACACUUCACCGGCUGUCGAGUUCCACCAGCACGCCUGACCUACAUUCCAUCUCGGAUCGCGCUCCUCACUCCGACUUGGAAGCAGAACGUCUGGUCGAAGCGGUCGCAAACCUUCCCCACAAUCCCAAAACGUGGCUCCCUUCGCAGGUAGCUCUCUAUCUCACGCACGUCCUCGGGCUAGUGCCUCGACCCGUCGUUGACGACGUGACCGCCUAUGUAAGGAGCUCCAGGAUGGGCGGCCGUGCCUUCCUACGCCUCAGCGAAAAAGAUCUUGAGCGCCAAGGUCUCAAUCUCAAGUGGCGUAAGCUCAUGAUCGAAGCCGUGCGCAAGCUGCGACGCGAUGCUCUUCGUGGCCGAAUUUGGGGUAAUGAAUCUGGCUCUCUGCGUUGGCCCAAAUCAUCCCACGAUAUGGAGCGCGAAGAGACGGAAGAAGAUGAAAAGCGCGCUCAAGAAGACGAUCACUCUCCACUGGAACGCGACGCCAUCGCGCGCAGUUCAAAGACCACCAGCAAGCUCACACUAAAGCGUAUGCGCGACAGCCGCAAGGUGCGCGGAAUGAUCCAAGCCUUUCAAACGUCACCCGAAAAGCAAGAAGUUCCUUUGAGCAGCCUUUCCAUCGAUGCUCCCUUCGGCCAAGGCUACGUACGCGAUCAGGCGCAGCAGAUCCUCUCCGAGGCCGAGGAAAAGAAACUUUCACUUCGUCGUCCUUUGCGACCUCGUAGAUCGACUGCCGAUUUUCCCUGGCUCGAGAAUUCGUCUGGUGCCAAACAGCACGAUAUUGAAGCCUUGCUCGCUGGCCUAACCGAUCAGGAAGCUCAACAACUCGCCGACGAGCUGGGUAUAGAUGAUCUGCAGGACACCGAAGCCAUCAGUAAAGCUCUCCAGGACAAUCAUACACACUCCAACGUGUCCAGCGAGAGUAUCGAGGACGUCUUGAUGAUGCCCACUCUGACUCGUCACGGAUCUACCGACAGCACUUCUGUUGAAGGCGAAAGCUCGCUGUCCGAAUGCAGUGCUUUUGAAAGCGAGCUAAGCGAGCUCGACGACGACGCCCAUGGUCAUGCGGGAGGCCACAAGCCGCGGUACAGUGUGCUCGACCAAGACGUCAUCCGAGCUAUCCUGGCUGGCGAUGACACUCUUCCAGACCAGGACGAGACUUUUUCUAUCGAUACGUCGACAAAGAGCUCGCUCAUCCGAUCGCACACCACCGCCUCGAUUGUGAGACCGAGCCGUCCGUAUCGUGCUUCUCUGUACACUGACGAGGAGUUGGCCGCCUUAAACGACGAUUGCUUCCAUACCAGGACAGAGAGUUCUCAGGAGCUCAUCGAGGCCUUGAUUUCGUCGGGACAAGCAGCAGACGAGACCUUUGCCGAACCCGACUUUGGUACCGCUCGAUUGCGCUCCGCCGAGGAAAAGGUUCUUGACGUACCUCCCAUUCCCAGCUUUGAGCCCACUUUGUCCGAACCACAGCAGCCGUCGCAACCGCAACAGCAACAGUUGCCAACGGCAGAAGCUGUCGAGACUUGCGAUAACUACGUCUUCACUCUUCCAGACGCACCUGUUCGCCACUCGACCAACUCGAUCCGCCGCACCGCAGGACGCAAAGCCACCUUCGGCAGCAAACGCGGCAAAGCGAUUCUCUCAUUACUCAACUCAGAUGCUGAGAACAGCGAGCUCUUUUCUUCGCUUCCUGGAGCUUCAUCGCUUCGACUGAGCUCCGCCGUCACUCCAGCUGCCGCAGAAGAUGAAGAAGGCUGGGGCGGAACGCUGAGUCGCAGCUCCAGCCGUAAGAGUCUCAAAGGUGUCUUUGAUGUGGCUGUGUCGCAUCCGUCGCUGGCUUUGCGCAAGCGCGGCUUGGAGCGGGUAGCCAGUGAGGCGGAGGCCGAAGCUUUGCAUGCCAAGAUGGACGAGGUCGAGUGCGACGCGGUUGCUCAAGUUCAAGAGGUCCAGGUACCGGUGGAUAGGUACUGUGAGACUGUAUUGCCAGAGGACGACAAACACAGCGAGAUGGCUCGCAAGCCAUCUGUGGAACAGCGGCUGUCGUCGCUGUUUGACCAGGACAUGGAGACACGUACUUCGGAUGAUGUCCGAGAUGCUCCGGUCGACACUGCGCGUCCACCUAAGGAGGAGCAGGAGCACAGAGACGAGCUUGAACACGAUGAUACUGCUGCAGCGGCUGAAGGAACUUCAGAAGUUGUAACCGAUCCGGUAUCAGUAGAUGCUUCGUCCUAUGCUGCAGUGGAUGCUGUUGCAACAACGCCGGCUGACGAGAUGGAGCAUGCUACCGUGACAGAAGCCCGAAGCACUGAAACGACGUCUUGUGAGAUUUCAGACGAGCGCGUCGAUGUCGCUGCGAUCAGCAGCUCUCUGCCGGCGAUCACCAAGCAAGCCGAGAACGGUGAUCAUGGUACUCAGGCUCAAAUCGAUGAAGCGUUACAUGCGGAACACGGCAAAGCUUCUAGCAUGCUCUCUUCAGAAGAGCCGUUGGAACUCGCCUUCAAUCCCACGUCUGCUCCUUCGGACGCCAUCACUUCAGGCUCGCCUUCUUCUCAGUCUGAUCCACAGAUGUUGGUCCCACUGACGGUGCUCGAACCGCACCCUUCCGGAACGGGAAGCAUCAAGAAACGAUCUAUGGUACUCGUAGAUCGAAGACGCUUCGAAAGCUUAGCUAGGAGAAUGACGGAUCUCGAGGCGCAACUCGAGUCAAUCGAUCAUCCGUCUGCUGGCUCUAGUCGGCGAGGUAGUGUAAAAGGUAGUGGUGGGUUGAGGGGUAUGUUUGAGCAGCCUAAAGUCACGGUGGAGGAAGAGGAUGUUGACGCUGAGGUUGAGGAUGAGGUUAACGUGCUGGAGGAGAUUCUGGCCGCGACCGCGGCUGCGACUGCGACUGCGACCGGUGCAGUCGCACAGGGCGCCACGGACCACGUUGCUAUCGAGAGCAAGAUGCAGCCGCUCGAGUUGGACAAUCAACCUGGCUCGCAUCGCUUAGGCUGGAGGGCUCUACUGACCCCGUCCAGUUGGCCGGCAUACCUUUCCUCUCUGAACCCAUACUACUCGAGCGCGAAUGCCACAUGCGCUACUACAACUGCGGACCACCAAGACGACUUGGACCUCUACGCGCUCCUCGGUCGUCCCGAGUCAGAUCACGAACGCCACCUCCUCACCAUAGGCGCCAUCCCAGCGUACAUGCUUGGUCUUGGCGCAGGCCUCGGCUUCGUACUCGUCAAAGAAGUGCUAGGUGCUCGUCACUGA